AUGCCUCCAAAGAAGAAGAAUCAAUCACGCAAGUCUUCAAGUGGUCCACCAAAAAAGACACACACGAAGAAGUCUUCGUCACCACCUGUUCAAUUAGAUGAUCUGUCAAACAUUGAUCAAGUGCCACCUCUCAGCAAGAAGUUUUCUCGCAAACAUUUAUUCGAGUGCUUUCCAAACGAACAUUCGUUAUUGGGAAUAAUAUUAGAUAUAGGAAGUAGUUAUGCUAAAUCAUCAUCAUGCACUGUCGACAAAGAUCUUAACAUUGUUCCUAAUCACCAGCCCUUGUCUUUUUCUUGUGCGAGUGAAUCGAGUCGGCCAGUGGAAACGAUACCAACGUCUAUCUACUAUGAUCCUACAACAAAAACGUAUCAUGUAGGAAGCAAACCUCAUUCUGACGAUUACGUACAUUUACCUUCUAUCAAAAAACUGCUUACUGUGGCCAACCUAAAAGAAUUCAAGCCUGAAGGAAUAGACUCUCCUUUGACGUUGGUUGACAUUUAUCAUCACUUGGUUGAAGGUCUUUUGGACAAGUUGAUGGUUGCAAAGGAAUCUAAUAAGAUAUCUGCAGAAUAUUCAUUUGCGUUUGUAACUAUUCCUACUAGUACAAAUGAUGAAGUUCAACUGCUCAUAAGAAAUUGCGUCUAUCAAGCAUGUAGGUUGAAGAUGAAAACUCCGAUAAGAAUGGAACAUAUUUACAUUGUAGAAGAGUCGAUAUUCAUUGCAUACAAUGAUACAUUGCAUCGUGGUAAUAGCUUAUUGUGUGAUUUGGGUUUUCUCAGUCUGGACAUAGCAGUCAUUAAAGAUGGUGUCUUGGUAGACCAUCAGGCAGAGAUUGCAGGUGUGGAAAUUUUACACCGUAUUCUGGAUCAAGUGUUGAAGGAGCAUGAACUGGAUCUCUCUAGCACAACCGUCUUGGACCACAUGUUCAUGCACCCAAAAGGGCAGUGGAAAGACUUUGUAGACAUAAAUGCCAGGAAUGUCGUUAAGAAGGCUGCUGAAGAAGCGUUUAAGAUCAUCCUUUCUCCUUUGUUUGAGUGCCUCGCUGAUUAUCCCUAUGAAGUUGUUCUUCAUGGUGCCAUCUUCUCAAUCGAAGUGUUUAAAACAUUGGCAACCAAGAUUUUAUCGAAAUCAAACAUGAGAAAAUACCUGACGGAGAGAAAAAGUUACUUUUUAGAAACGAAAAAGCCGAUCGAUAUUUCAGUUUCAACUUUAGGAACAAGCUUUGGGCUAACACAAGGAGCUGUUGCUCUCGUCCGAGCUGCUGAUCGCAAUGAGGUUUCUCUUGAAUUUCAAUCGAAACUUCUUUCCAAACAACCCAUUACAGGCAUCCUUUCCGGUUCUGAAAUACCAGGAGACCCCACAAAAGUCAAGUAUGGCAUUACUCUUGAGAAGUGUCUAAUCGAAAUGAAUUCCAAGCUGGACAUUGAAUUUGUUGCAGUUGUGUUUAGAAGCAAUCGUAAUAUUGAGGUAGUCAAAAGGGAAAGUAUUACAGAGGAUAAUUAUUGGAAACUGGGGAUUACUGAAUUCACUAGAUUGUUCUAUCUUCAUAUUGUCGUUGAUCCUUCCAUUCAACCGUAUGCAGAUUGCCCUUACUUUUUGAUAAAGACCUGGAUUGAUGAACAAAACGCCAUCGUUGUUGAGCUGUAUUGGGUUAUUGAUCAAUUCUUCAAGUAUUCCACAAGAGUGGACUUGCAAAAUAAGGUAGAAAAGCUCUCCGUCAAUGACGCAUUAGAACGAAUGUUUAGACCAGAGCCAGAAGAAACCACUUGGUACGGUGAGCCUUAUAGAAUUGAUGUUCCUCUCUCUACGAAUCUUUCCAAUGUAACAGUUCUCACUGAAGAGCAUACAACUGACGAGGUGAGAAGAGCUCUUCAGCCUAAACGUAAAACCAAGAGAUUUCAAGAUCAACAGUCAAAGAAGAGAACAAAAAUUCAAUUACAGCCAUUACCAAGAGAUGAUAGCGGGGAACUUGAAAAUACUACCACCAGAAUCUGA